AUGGCUGGAUCAUUAUCUGAUAACCCGAGGGGUAGGCAAGCGGUCGAGAUCUCUUCUGUCUUCACUGGUCUGGCUCUCAUUACCGUCGUCCUUCGACUGUACACGCGCUUCUUUAUAAUUCGCUGCGUGGGUAUCGAAGAUGCCGGCAUCGCUCUUGCAAUGCUCUGCUCCAUUGGCUUGACAAUCGCCAUUGGUAUCCAGGCCGAAUAUGGUAUGGGCAGACACAUCAAAACAAUCCCAGACGACCACAUGGUCAAGUUCUUGAGGACAUUCUGGUCCAGUCUCAUCGUAUACUACCUGUCGCUCGGUUUGACCAAAGGAUCAAUGCUCCUCCAAUAUCGACGCAUCUUCCCGACCAAGAAGUUCCAGCUCGCGAACUGGCUCACGAUGGCCGUUGUCGUCGCCUACACCAUCUGGACAGUCUUCUCCAGUAUCUUCACCUGCACACCCGUACGAGCUUUUUGGACUCACGAGAAGUCUACCUGUCUUAACCAAUUCGCCGUUUGGUUCACGAACGCCGCCAUCAACAUCCUUACCGAUUUCGCGAUCAUCCUUCUUCCUAUUCCGGUCAUCCAGAAGUUAAAUCUCGGGAAGAGGCAGAAGAUUGGACUCAUAUCCAUCUUCGCAGUUGGCGGAUUGGGUGGCAGUAAAGCGCUGCGUACCAAAGACGAUUACGUUCUAGACGUAACAAAGCGCUCGAAUGGCUCGAGCGAGGACGCAAGAGACAUCCAAGUCGUUACGGACAUUCACGUAGAGGUGGAUGGUGCCGAUGGAAGGAGGCUGAGCGGCUGGAGAACGCCCGCUUCGCAGGCCACCUGGGCGGACGAUAUAUCCCGCAAGGAAACACAAAGGGAGAACAGCACCGAGAUGCUGGUAGACGAAAAUCCGCGUGUGUCGAGGUAG